CCUUGAGUUGAAUCUAGGGUUACCACCCGGAAGACGUUCUAAUAUGUGGGGAAACGGAGACUGCGAAACGUGGUGUUUGUGAGUGUUGUGGGUGUUUAACUUGGCAACACGAAUUUGUGUACUUACAGGUUUGGUUGAGAACUUUUACAGUUGCCAUGUCCUCUUACACCUGCAUCAGCUGCCGGGUGGUGUUUUCUGAUGGCGACAUACAGCGUGCCCACUACAAGACAGACUGGCACCGGUACAACCUGAAACGCAAGGUGGCAGACAUGCCCCCUGUCACAGCUGAAAACUUCCAGGAGAGGGUUAUGGCGCAGCGAGCAGCGGUGGAGGUGCAGAGCCAGGGCACAAGCUCCCAGUGUAGCACCUGCGCGAAGAGAUUCUCCACUGCCAACGCCUUUGACAACCACAUAAAGUCCCGGAGGCACCAGGACGCUGAGAAGAAGGCAUCGCAGGCCGCCCAGAAGGAAGUGGAGAGACUGAAUGAGAAGAACCUGGAGAAGGGGCUGGAUCAUGACACCAUGAACGCUGCCAUCCAGCAGGCCAUCUGGGCCCAACAGACGGGUUCGCCCCAGAGUAAGCCUGCUCAGGCAUCAGGAGCUGCCAGCCAGAGCCAGCUCUCGUCCCAGGAAAAGAAACGUCAAGACAAGCCACCCAGGCUACAGUGGUUUGAGGAACAGGCUAAGAAACUUGGGAAAGAGCACAUUGAGGGGGAGGAGGAGGCAGCUAUGGAAGAAGUCCCUGAAGAGGAAGAAGCGUGGGAGGAUUUGGAAGAAGAUGAGGAAAUGGAAGAGGAGUCUGAGCAGGGUGAGACAACACCUUCAGAAGACACGCCUCCUGGUGUCAUAGCAGUUACAGACUGUCUCUUCUGUUCCCAUCACUCUCGCUCCCUCAUCAAAAACCUAGCCCACAUGACCAAGGUCCACAGUUUCUUCAUCCCUGAUAUAGAAUUCCUGGUGGAUCUAAGGGCUCUGCUCAAGUAUCUUGGAGAAAAAGUUGGAGUGGGAAAUGUCUGCCUUUGGUGCAAUGAGAAGGGUAGGUCAUUCUACUCAGCUGAGGCAGUUCAGGCUCACAUGACUGACAAGAGCCACUGUAAACUGUUCACAGAUGGAGAUGCAGCUCUGGAAUUUGCAGAUUUCUUUGAUUUCAGGAGUAGUUAUCCUGACCAGAAAGAGGGAGGUGAUGUUGAAAUGCAGGAUGAGGAAUUGCCAGAUGAAAAUAAUCUUGAAUAUGAUGAUGAAACAUUGGAGCUGAUCCUCCCAUCAGGGGCAAAAAUUGGCCAUCGCUCUUUGAUGAGGUACUACAAGCAACGAUUUGGUGUGUCAAGAGUCGUAGCUGUUGCCGGCAACAGGAAUGCAGUGGGUAGGGUAUUGCGCCAGUACAAAGCCUUGGGUUGGAGCAGUGAUAUGGCUAAAGAUGCAUCACUGUCAAGACAAAGAGACAUGCAGUACGUUCAGAGGAUGAAGUCCAAGUGGAUGUUGAAGACAGGAAUGAGCAAUAACUCCACCAAACAGAUGCACUUCAGAGCACAAGUCAGAUUCUAAACUUGUGACUCGCACUGAAACCAACUGCAUGCAAGUUGCACAUGUAAUUGUAUAAUUGCUUGUAAUUGUGUAAUUGCUUGCAGUAAUAUUUUCAAUAUAAUAUAUAUAUCCAGUUUACCAGUACAAAGAUAACACUUUUGGAUUCCAGUGGUCAUUUUUAAUUGAGACCUUGUGGUUUACAAUUUAUUAUAUGUCUAGUACUUGUAAUUAAGGAAACAAUGUUCAAAUUCAAGGGUUGAAUACCAAAUAAACUAUCCUAAAGGCAAAGCUGCCUUUGUACAUCAUCAAAUGAAAAAAAAAAAAAAAAGAAAUACCCAUUUAAUAUAAAUUAUGUUUUUGGCAAUUUAGCAGCCUGUGGCCAUGUAAUAUUAGACCUCUCAGAAUUUGCAAUGUCAGCUAAGAUAUCGAAUCCACUACAAUUAUAUUUUCAUGCCUAUUGCCAAGUAGUUGGCCUUAAAAAUGUAUAAGUAGAGUACAAGGUUGUGGUUUCAUUUAAUGUGGAACUGCAACUAAUGCAGUAUACUGUAUGUAUACAUGAUUUAAACUGACAAGGUCUGGACUGUAAUAGAGAUGUGGCAGAACCUCCUAUGUCAUGUUCUGAAGGGUGAACAUCAUCAAGUGGGAAGCAUGUGAUAGUAGUGCAUUGUAUCAGCCAUCAAAUCUGGAUGUAUGGAUCUGAGGAUCUGCAGGGAGGUGUAUCGAAACACUAUUCUGUUGCCAUCCAGCCACUUGUACAAACAAUGGGACAAGUGAAUUCAGAAAGAAGAGUACAUUGAGAAUUAUAUAUUUUCUGAAUGUAUUUUCAAUUCCAAAGUAAUGCAGUGUUUGUAUACACAGUGAUCCAUUAAUUCCUACCAGUUCAGUCUUUAAUAUCAAA